CUUCGCCCGCCGGUGAACCAAAACGAUUUCAUUGUUUUCCCAGAGUUUCAUAUAUUCUCGGAGAGCAGCGAGGUGACUCCCCUAAAAAAACGAAAAAAACAAAAGCAAUGAGCCUCAGAAUCGUGAGAAAGGCUUCACAAACCCAAAACCCGAAGCAACUCUCCUCCAUUUUCUUCUCCAAAAUCACACGCUCCCUCUCGCGGCUCUCCUCUCAAUCCAAACCUUCUUCUUCGUUUGGCAUUGCUUUCGACAUCGACGGCGUCGUUUCCCGUAGCGAUGUUCCCAUCGGAGGCUCCCCUCAGGCCUUCAGAAGACUAUACGACGAUUCUGGUCAUCUCAGGAUUCCGUACGUGUUCCUGACCAAUGGAGGUGGGUUUCCCGAGUCCAAAAGAGCACGCGAGUUAAGUGAGCUUUUGGGUGUCAAGGUUUCACCUGCACAGGUUUUGCAGGCUCAUACACCUUUUAAGCAAUUAGUGAGCAAAUUUGAGAAUGAGCUUAUUGUUGCCGUGGGAAAAGGAGAACCUGCUGCUGUCAUGUCCCAUUACGGGUUUAGAAAUGUGGUUUCAAUUGAUGACUAUGCCGCGUGCUUUGAAAACAUUGAUCCAUUAGCACCACAUAAGAGGUGGACAAUGAAGCAGGUUGGUAAUCCGAAUAGCGCUAUCAGAGACCUUGUUCGCACAGAAAGAGUUCAGGCGGCGUUUGUACUUAGUGAUUCUGUCGAUUGGAGCAGGGACAUUCAGGUUCUGUGUGACAUUUUAAGAACCGGUGGUCUUCCUGGUCAGGAAAUUGGACAUCAACCACAACUGUACUUUGCACAUGAUGACCUUGCAUACCAGGCUGCUUUUCCUUCUGAGCGUUUUGGACUGGGAGCUUUCAGAAUUGCACUGGAAUCCAUCUUUAACAGAAUCCACCCUCAUGCUCUGGAGUAUACAACUUUUGGGAAGCCAAAUUCAUUUGUAUUCAAGAAUGCAGAACUUGUCCUUAAGCAACUUGUGUCGUCUGUUCAUGACAAUGCUCAAGUUGCGAAUCACGAAAUUGCUGGCAGUCAUCACUUCAAAACACUGUAUAUGGUAGGAGAUAAUCCCUUAGUUGACAUCAAGGGUGCACGACAGGCUGGCCAUCCCUGGUUUUCCAUUCUGACAAGGACUGGAGUUUUCAAGGGAAAGGAAAAUCAUGACGAGUUUCCAGCUGACCUGGUUGUUGAUACUGUCGAAGAAGCUGUGGACUAUGUUUUGAAAAAGGAGUCGAUCUCUUAGAUUCCACACUUAUAUUUCUCCCCCUAGGUUUUGAUAUUUUUUGGCAGAUUUUUCUUUCGUUGCAAUAAUAUCUCAUGAGAACAUCCAAACACUAGAAUUCUUUUGCUGCAAUUUUUUUUAAAAUUGUGGAAGUUAGGUUCUUGAUUUGGGAUCAAUUCAUGGUCUCACUCAUGUUCAUAUAUAUUAUUGGAACCAAAUUGUAUUCCAUACAUGUUUGGAUAAAACGAAAAUUUUGAUUUAGGUACUGCA